AUGCCGCCAGUUUUUACCGAAGGCAGCAAAGCAUCAGAGGUCAAGAGUACUUGUUCAGGAAUCUGCACACCUCAAAUCGUUUUAGGCUGCGUCAUCACUUUCGUUAUACUCAUUUCUUCCGUACCCGUCAUAAUAUUCAGAAGAAAAAUUGCACGCAAGUUUACUUCUCAACGGAUCAAGACGCAUUUAACCACUCCUCGCGCGACUGCAACUCCUAGACUGCCUUUGAACUCGAUAUACAUCGCUAGAGUCGAUUACUAUUUGCCCAUUAGUGACACUGUACUGUCUCAGCCAGCAGUGGAGGACAAGUGUGAAGAUAAUAGCUCACUCCUUGCGGUGAAAAGUAACAGCGCAGCUUCACUUGUUCCGAGCGCAUCUAAUAAAGGAGCACCGAUACUCUCUUUGCCUUCUCUGUCAUCAAUGCUAGGCGAGUUCACCGCUUACGCAGACGCCAUUGAACUUGAAGUCCUGACUGAAGCUAGACAGUCUUCUAAUUGUCUCUUGGACUCUGUCUUUUCUUCCAUGGACGUAAACGCUCUGUCCUACACUGAACUGCCCAAGUGUGCUUCUGUCUUGAAAGUGGUCGAUCCGACUUCGCCGGAGGACAACAUAACUCACUCAUCGUCGGCUUGCGUGCCGAGCUCACCAGAACAGCAGCCAAUGCAGCCAAUGCAGCCUGCUCCUGUGUUGCCUGCUCCUGAGGACCUGGUGACGAAAUUAGUGUCUUUUCGAAGUAAAGGUAUUAGCAAGAGCGAGAAAAGUCGGACCGAAGAAAGUCAAGAUAUUGUCGUUGGCUCUUUUCAGGGUGCUGGUAUCGAACUCUCGCUCGCCGGCCGGAAUGAAGAUGUUGAAGAGAUCAGUACAUCACAACUUGUCCCAGCAACAACUUCGUGGUCUAUCAUUAUCGACUCUUCUUCAACCCUCGCCUCUAUGUUGGGUGCCAAGCUUGCAGAGUUCCCUCCAGUCCCUCCUCUGCCACCACUAAGCUUUACAUCUGGAUACGUUGUCACUUUCCAAUCUGAGUCAUCCCUGAGCUCGUUGAUCACCAGCUCCAUCUCUUCGACCAAGAUUCUCGACAUACGUAUCGAAGACUUUCUUCCUCGCAGGCGACUAAGCCUUCCGUAUUUAAUUGGGUGGUUUGGUCGACCUGAUCCAGGAGAACUAUGGGACGAAGAAGACGAUGUGCUCUUCUCUUCUCGUCUUCCUCAGAAGCCUAUCGACUUCUCUAAGCCUAUCCGGCACACGUGGACAGCAGGCUUCAGUUACAGCAAUUCCAACAAGGGGGAGUUAUGGGACGAUGAUGACGAUCGCCGAUUCUCAUAUGAUGGCAAGCCAAUGACAUUUGAAACGUUUGCUUCGUCAUCGAUCCUUAAUUUAAGGAGUGACGAUGCCUAUGUCGGUGAUCUUCCUAGUUUGGAUACGAGCAGCUCAAUCUCUCUGGUUCGGGUUGCUCAGAGUCAGAAGACGAUCACGGUUUCAUCGAUUCGGGAUUUGCGGAAGGCGACUUCGACUUUGUAUGUGGCAAGGAAGACACGAUCAAUUCAAAUUCUUUUUGUGAGGGUCGGGAAGGCAUUGAUGGGAUCGGAAGUAUGGUCGUCGUCGACAUCAUCAUCCCUGCAUCUUCUGUCGUUUGAGGAUCUGUCUGUCAGCAUCAGCACGACGACGAUGGCAAGAGGACCAAUUUGCCUUUCUAAGAGUGCAUGCUCGAGUCUCAUGUCGCUUGUGAGCGUGUUGGACAGCACCAUUCACUUUGUGGAUCCCGCGCACGCGUUAAAGUUUGAUUUUGAGUAUGAGAAUCUCGAGAAGACGACGUUUGAAGAGGAAGACGCUUUUGAGGAUGACAUGGACCUUGAACCUGGCUUCUCGUAUUCUUCCCGCAUUAUCUCGGUUAAUUAUCCUUUCGUUUUUGAGGCCUGGGAUUCGCUCAUACCGUUGGGAGAGAUACCCCGACUCGGCGACAACGCCACUGCCAAAUACACUGUGGGGUAA